AUGGUGAAGCCGUUCAUCCCGAAGAGCGUUGUGAAGAAGCGCACGAAGAAGUUCACGCGCCACCGCUGUGAAGUCUUCCCGCAGCUGAGCAGCAGCUGGCGCAAGCCAAGGGGCGAGGACUCGCCGGUGCGCCGCCGCUACAAGGGGCAGAAGGCCAUGCCGAACAAGGGUUACGGUAGCGACCGCAAGACGAAGUACAUCACCCCAUCGGGCUUCAAGAACUUCCCCGUGCACAACGUGCAGGACCUCUACAUGCUGCUGAUGCAGAACCGCAAGUACGCCGGCGUCAUCUCCCACACCGUGGGCGCCAAGUCGCGGAAGGCCAUCGUGCGCAAGGCCCAUGAGCUUGAUGUGCGCCUCAUCAACGGCAACGCGAAGCUCCGCAAGGUUCCGCAGUAG